UCCUUGCAAGAUAACAUUUUCAAGAAACAAACCUUUCCCACACCAAACACAAACACUCUCCGAUCUCCAUCCCUUGCACGGUUUAAUUUCCCACUUCCCUAUAUUAUAUGACCCUCAACUUCCCAAUUCCCUUCAACCACUCUUACUUCCGCUGAGUCUGUUUCUCUCAGUAAAAUAACGCCAUGCUCCACCAAGGUGCAACGUCGACGACAAAGGACGAGGCAGUGAUAGGUGUCGUUUUGUUCGGAAAAUACGAGAUUCUCAAAUUACUAGGCGUUGGCGGCUCCGCCAAGGUCUACCACGCGCGGAACGUUCACACCGCGCAGAGCGUGGCGGUUAAGGCCGUCAGCAAGCGCACGCUAGAGAGAAACGGUUACGCGGCGCACGUGGAGCGGGAAGUGGCUAUCAUGCGCCGCCUGCGCCACCCCCACACCGUGCGUCUCUACGAGGUCCUCGCCACGAAGUCCAAGAUCUACUUCGUCAUGGAGUUCAUCGCCGGCGGCGAACUCUUCCACGUGGUCGCCGGCGAGGGCCGUCUCACGGAGGACACCAGCCGCCGCUACUUUCGCCAGCUGGUGUCCGCCGUGAGGCACUGCCACUCGCGCGGCGUCUUCCACCGCGAUCUCAAGCUGGACAACCUCCUCGUGGACGGAGACACGAACCUCAAGGUCUCCGACUUCGGCUUGGGCGCGCUGAGGAGCCAGAUUCGACACGACGGCAUGCUCCACACCGUGUGUGGGACCCCUGCCUACGUGGCACCCGAGAUUCUCGCGCGGAAAGGGUAUCACGGUGCCAGCGUGGACGCGUGGUCGUGCGGCGUCGUUUUGUUCGCGCUCAACGCCGGGUACUUGCCCUUCAAUGAUUCCAACAUUACCGUUCUUUAUAGGAAAAUCUACAGAGGACAGUUCCGGUUUCCGAGGUGGAUGUCGAGCGAACUCAGAAACCUCGUCACGAGGUUGUUGGACACGAAUCCCGAUACGAGGAUAACUCUUGAUGAGGUCACGCGGGACCCGUGGUUCAACCGGGGCGGCUAUUCGGAUACUAUAACCCGACCCGAGGAGUGGGGAGAAACCCGGGUUGUGACCAAGUGUUUGAACGCGUUUGACUUGAUAUCUUUUUCGUUUGCGGAUAUGUCGGGUUUGUUUAGUGACCCGGAGUAUUCGGAUUUCACGGAGCGGUUCGUGACGAGGGAGGUGCCGGAGAGUGUUAUGGUGGCGGUGAGGGAGGUGGCGGUGACGGUGACGGAAAACGUGACGGCGACGAAGGAUGAGAGUGGCUGUGGAGGAGUGAGGAUUGAGGGGUUGGAUGGGAACUUUGUGGUUAUGGUUGGGUUUUACCGGUUAACGGAUGAGCUGGUUAUGGUUGAGGUGAAGAGGAGAGAGAGAAAAGAGGGAAGUGGGGAGCGGUUUUGGAGAGAUGUGUUGAGGCCCUUGCUUCUUGCAUUGGCUCAUUACCCGGUUUCUCGGUGACUUCAAUUCAAAUGAUUUACCAAAAUAAUUGCCUUUCAUGAUUCCUUCCUUUGCUUUUGCUCUAAUUUAGUAAACUUUCAUGUCAUUAAUUAGGAAGUGGGUUAACGAUAAAAUCAAGCCAAGUGCAUGUUUUAAAUAAAAUCAAGGGAUAGACAUUAAUCACUUGGAUAUUCCUAAUCUUCUCUUCAACAAGAACCAAUUAUGUAAAUGUUUAUUCAAAAGUUUAUCCGAUCAAAACUUGUAUCUCAACAAUCCUUCUUUCAAACAAGGGACCUAAUCUUUCAUGCAAAUUUUUUUUUAUGAGAGUUAUUGGUUGUUACUGAACCUAACAUGCGGUUCUGAUACCAGAGAUGGGAUUAUGAUAUUUAUCUGAGAGGAUAUACUAUGAAGUUGUUUUUUA